UUUAAGUUAAAACAACAUACAAGAAAUAAAAAAAUCCCCUCCUUUUUCUCUUUUUGCCAGAAUGAAACUAAAAGCACUUGUCCUUUUCCUCUUCUUCUUUCUCGUUUCUUCUUCUACUCACUUUCUUGAAGCCUCAUACAAUGAAGAUGGAGGAUUCAAGCUCGAAGAGAACGACGAAAUGCUUAUCAAACGGUCCGAUUUUCCACCCGAAUUUAUCUUUGGUGCAGCCACUUCUACUUACCAAGUUGAAGGAGCUUAUCUUGAAGAUGGUAAAUCUUUAAGCAACUGGGAUGUAUUUUGUCAUUCCAUAGGUUGUGCUGAAAAUAGAGAGAAUGGAGAUGUUGCAGAUGAUCAUUAUCAUUUAUUUAUGGAAGAUAUUGAGCUAAUGCAUUCCGUUGGUCUAAAAGCAUACCGAUUUUCUAUUUCAUGGGCUAGAAUUCUCCCACGUGGAAGGUUUGGUAAAGUUAAUCCUGCAGGGAUUAUAUUCUAUAACAAGAUCAUAGACAAUUUAAUUCUUAAAGGAAUCGAACCAUUUGUGACGCUUCACCAUAACGAUUUUCCUCAAGUACUUGAAGACAGAUACGGGGCUUGGCUAAACCCUGAAAUGCAGGAAGACUUUUUAUAUCUGGCAGAAAUAUGUUUCAAGUCCUUUGGAGACCGAGUGAAGUAUUGGGUCACGAUUAACGAACCUAACAUGUACAUAGAGUUGGCUUACGAACAGGGAGUUUUUCCACCAUCUCGUUGUUCAGAGCCUUUUGGAAAUUGUGCUGAAGGAAAUUCAGAUGUUGAGCCACUCAUCGCGAUGCACAACAUGUUGUUGGCCCAUGGCAGGGCAGCCAAACUAUAUCAUGAAAAUUUCCAGCCUAAACAAGGUGGUCAAAUCGGGCUUGUUGUGCACUGUUACAUGUAUGAACCUCUAACCGAUAGUGAGCUUGAUCAUGAAGCUGCCAAAAGAGCAUUUGCAUUCAACAUUGCUUGGGCAUUUGAUCCCUCAAUAUUUGGAGAGUACCCCAAAGAAAUGCAGGAAUACCUUGGAAGUGAUUUACCAAGUUUCUCCCUUGAUGAAAAGAAUUUCAUGAAGAACAGUACCGAUUUUAUUGGCAUCAACCAUUAUUCGGCUCUAUAUGUUAAGGAUUGUACCAAUUCUAGUUGCACUGCAACUGGGAAUCGUCCAAUCCAAGGUUGUUUGGACAAAGUUGAAGAGCGUGAUGGCGUGCUAAUUGGUGAACAAACCGGCCUAGAGUUUUUAUUCGUCGUUCCUAGAGGCAUGGAGGAAAUUGUUGACCAAAUCAAGAUUCGGUACAAUAAUAAACCCAUGUUUAUUACAGAAAAUGGAUACUCUUCACCCGACGUGCAAGAGGAACGAGUUAACGAGCUAGUGGAUGAUGGAAAGCGAGUUGAAUUUCACACAACAUACCUUGCUUCUUUAGCCAAGUCAAUAAGAAGGGGAGCCGAUGUUCGUGGAUAUUUCGUAUGGUCUUUGAUGGAUAGCUACGAAUGGCUGGUAGGUUACAAAGUGAGGUUCGGGUUGUACUAUGUGGAUCAUCAAACACAAACUCGGAUACCAAAGCUUUCUGCAAGAUGGUACAAGAAUUUCUUAUCAAACAAUAGUGAUAUUGUGGAUAUGGUUGAAGCAAACGAUAACAGAUCAUUACGCAAAGAUGUUAUGUAAAAGGCUUAUGUAAGAAACAUAGUCUAAUUGAUCACAUUGAUCAAUAUUAUCCUUGAUUCCUUUGGUUUA